CGCCGCCGAGCUCCCCUCGCCCCUCCUCCCGCUCCUGCUCCGCGACGCGGCCGACCCUGACGAGGCCGUCGCGGCCCCCGCGCUCAAGUGCCUCGGCUUCGCGCUCUACCACCCCGUCCUCGUCUCUACCAUCUCAGUCUGUUUGUAAUUUGGGAAUCUGGUGCGUCUCUGUUCAGCAGUUGGAACCAUCGAUUAUAGAGGAUAGAGCAUACCCAGUGGUUACUGCUAUUGUUCAUGCACUCGACAAUCCAUUUGGUUCCUUGUCAACAACAUUUGAGGCAGCUCAGGUUAUUCUGCACACGUAAAUUAUGUUCUAUGUCAUUGCAUUUUUGUGUCUAGCAUGUUGAACUAGCAAUCAAAUUUUUGCUGUAAAAUAACUGCUUCGCAGCAUCCAUUAUUGAACAGCCAUAUUCCUUCAUGAUGCUUCUAAUUUCAUCAAAAUUUGCCUAAAAUGAUGUAAAAUCAUGUUAUAUGAGUCAUAUCUGUAGGUACUUUUCUCAUGUACCAUAGACUGCAAGACAACUACUUAAUAUAUACCUUGAUCUUUGUUCUCUUGUGUUAUCGUGUAAUCUUUCAAUAUAACUUGGGAGUGCUGCCUUUUUGGAAACUUCUAUUGAAGGCUAUCAUGAAGCUUGCUUGUCAAAGUCACAAAAGAAUGAGGGAGUUAUCAAGCUUAUGGGUUCCACCAAUAUACCGAAGACUCUUAAGUGCUGAUAAACCAGAAAGGGACAUGGCAGAAAGAUGCCUCAUUAAAGUUUCAUGUGUUAUCCUACCACCUCAACCACUUCUUUCCAAGGCUGUAGCUUUAGACCUUGAGCGAAAGCUUCUCUGCCGCAUGAUGAGUAUGCUUGAUGAUCCUUCGAAGAAAGUUCAAGCAGUGAGGUCAUGGGGAUGGAUCAUAUCUUUACUUGGUACAGAUGCAGUGAAUAAUAGACCUCUACUUAAUAAACUGCUAAAGGUUCCUGAACAGAUGUUCAUCGAUCUAGACACACAAGUUCAGAUUGCUACGAUGGUUUCCUGGAGAAAUUUGGUAGAUGCAUUUUUUCCAUCUCAGGCUUCAGAAUCUGUGGGUCAAGAAACUGUGGUUGCCCCAUUAGAACCCAGAGAACAUGCAACUGCUCAGGUGAAAAGAACAAGGUUAAUUAUGGUGCCUUUAUGUCGAGUUCUUUCGAGGAGUCGUAAUAUUGUUCUGAGCUCUUCUUGUUUGAGUACAUGGAAUUACCUUCUACAUAGACUCGGUAAUUUGAUCAAUCAUUUACCCAUACUGGAGGCUGCUUUUGGGCCAAUACUCAAAAUAAUUUUCUCAUUUGGAAUCAAUGAUCAGAACAAGCCACUGUGGUCAUUUUGCAUGAGUCUUUUUCAUGAUUUUAGUUCAUCAAAAAGCAGGCACAGAGAGGAUUUGUGUACUCCAGUGAAUCAGAACUUGGUUGCCCAAUCUUGCAUGCAUCUCAAGGCUUUGCUGAAUGCUCAACAUAUCAAAUGGCUACCAUGGGAAAUUGGUUGCUUUCAUUUUCAGAUCGACAUUCUUGGCACAAUUCUGAAUCCAGAACUGUUUCAGGACAUGAUUCCUGAAAAGAUGCUAAUUGUUAUGGAUUCUGCAACAGAGAUAUUCAGGUUUGUUCUAGUAGGAGUUCAAAUUGAACUUAAAGAAAAGGGUUCUUGUGAACAAGUCAGGCUUUGCAUUACAGAUCUUUGCAGGUUUGUAAAGACGAAGUUGUUUCUGGAUCAUGUAGGAAAGCAUAGUGGUAAUAAGUGUGCAAUGCUACUGGAUUUUGGUCUUCAAUUUGUGAAAGUUAUUGUGGGGGAGUUGGAUCAUUCUCUUUUAAAUUCUGAAAAGAUUGAGAUAUGCUUAGACAUCAAAUACAUAAAGGAGAACCAAUCUGCAGAAUGCAGUCCAAAGGUCUCUUUUCCAAGAAUCAGACCACUUUCUUACAUGGAGAUGGUUUCUCCAGCAGUUUAUGCGACUGCACUGUCUCUGUCCAUGGUAGCUCAGUAUACUGGAGAGCUGUCGCAUGGAGAUACUGAGAAGUUGGCUUUUAUUCUCUCUUCAUCAGAUAUCCUGAAGAGUCUUCAUGCUGUCGUUUCUUUUAUGUAUAUGCAGAUCAUGUGUCCGAUGUUUAAUAGGCAAAGAUUAAAAUGGUUGAUGGUCUGGAACAUAGUUGCAAAACACUUGAAUGAGAAACUUAUCUCUUAUUUGAACACUAGUUUCCGAGCAAGUUCCUGCAAUGUGCUCCAUCAGUUCUUUUGCUAUCCGUUUUUUAGUUUUUUAUACCCUGGGGGCUUAUCUGUUCUUUGGAAUGCUGAAAAUAGCUCAUGUGCUCCUGUUAUGCAAGACCUGGAGGUGGAAUUAGCCGUUGAAGUUUAUAGAUCCCUCUGUACAAGCUCCUGUAAUUCAAAGGCUGCAUCCAAGGUUUUCUUUGAGGGUUUUUAUGACUAUUUGGUUAACAUUAUUGAUGAACACAUGGCAUUGAACAUUCAGCAUUGCCCAGAGAAGUUUGAAAAUACCGCUAUCCUUUCUGUUCUCGGUGAAGUAGUUAUUGGACUGUUAGAGAAUGAUCAAAUUUUGGCAUAUGCUAACCAAGAGUUGAAUGAAACAAAUGAAGACUUUACCGGAUGUAGGCUGCCUAACCUCCUUUUGAGCUGCUUGAACCUUGCUAACAGAUUUAUGAGGUUUUCAAUAUUUGGUUUCAAAGCAAAUCCAACUGGACAGCACCAAGUCACAAGCAGGUUUUUUCAAUCUUUAUCCAAUUUUGUUGGUCAUGCCAUAUUAAAGAAACAUAUUCUUCUUCUUUUCGAGAUUAUUGGAGAUCAACUUACUGAGUGGUUCUCUUUAUCUGCCACAUUGUACUGUGAAAUGCAACAAGGAAAAAUCAUUUACCAGCUUGAGAAACUUUGGCUCAAGAUACUCGAGUGUCUGAACAUGAGCCAGCUCAUCAGUGAUGGCCCCUUUAGACAGAAGCAGCGACUUCUUCAAGUGGCACUCAAUCACCCGCAUCAUGUCAUUUCAGCUGCAACAGCAUCAGCUUGCAGAGCAGAAGCAAAUAUCAAGAUAAGUCUGCACUCUGGUUGCUUAGGUCCUAAGUUGGAUGGAUUGUUGAUGGAUAGAAGAAAGGAUCAUAAUAGCUCCAGCAGUACUGACAAAGCCAUUGCACGUGAAGAAAUCGACACUUCGAGCAGGCUUGCAUUGCCAACAUCGAAGAAAAGAACCAAGCACACAGAUAGGGAUGCUGGAUCUCUGAAGAUCUCUGCGGGUCUGGGGCGGAAAAGGCUGAAGAUCAUGAAGUAUUCAACUAAGCCAAAGGAACUCAACAAAAAUACAGCUCGUGUUGGCGGCAUUAGCUCUAGGAUAGAUAGCGUCUUCUCACCACGUUGCGUGGAAAGUAAAGAAUGUAGGAAACCGGAAUUGAUACUGGAAAUGCUCAAGAGAAAGAGAACAUUUUCGAACUGAUUGCUGUUGUGGUUCGAAGAACUCAAAUGUGUUGGUAACCGGUACACAAUUUAUGCUAGUGGUGGGGGAAUUUGUUCAUAUAUAUAUACACUCGUUUGUAG